AACCUUGUCAGUCGUCUCCCUCCUCCCUCGACUACCUUUCCAAGCGAAACCCUAGCUUACCAAAAGUUAGCAGCUCAGUUUCAAUGGCAAAAGCAGAAAAGAAGCCCGCCGAGAAGAAGCCAGCGGAGGAGAAGAAGUCCGUCGCCGAGAAAGCUCCUUCGGAGAAGAUGCCAAAAGCCGGCAAGAAGCUUCCUAAGGAAGCCGGUGCUGGUGGCGACAAGAAGAAGAAGAGAAUGAAGAAGAGCAGUGAGACGUACAAGAUUUACAUCUUCAAGGUCCUCAAGCAGGUGCAUCCAGACAUCGGGAUCUCUAGCAAGGCUAUGGGAAUCAUGAACAGCUUCAUCAACGACAUAUUUGAGAAGCUUGCUCAGGAAUCCUCCAGGCUCGCGAGGUACAAUAAGAAGCCGACCGUCACUUCUCGAGAAAUCCAGACUGCUGUUAAGCUUGUGCUGCCCGGCGAGUUAGCUAAGCACGCGGUCUCUGAGGGUACCAAGGCUGUGACUAAGUUCACGAGCUCUUGAUAUUAGGGUUAGGGUUUGUUAUGUAAAUCAGCUUAAUCUGCAAGAAGUAAAUGAGCUAACGCCAUGCAAGCCCCUAUGAUUUUGGCUGGAAGGCUGUAAUUUUUGGAAGCUCGAAACUUGUCAUUUUUUCUGGAUAUCAAACGAUGUCGUUUCACUCGACUUUUUU